AUGGUUUCUCAGGGGAUUCAACUCAUCGGCAUAUCAAUGGCUGUGAUUGGCUGGUUCCUGGUCAUCAUAGUGUGCGCUUUGCCCAUGUGGAAGGUCACAGCCUUCAUCGGAGCCAACAUUAUCACGGCUCAGACCAUCUGGCAGGGCAUGUGGAUGAACUGUGUGGUGCAGAGUACAGGCCAGAUGCAGUGCAAGGUGUAUGACUCCAUGCUGGCUCUACCCCAAGACCUGCAAGCUGCUCGGGCCAUGAUCAUCAUCUCCAUCCUGACUGGAAUAUUUGGGCUGGUCUUGUCAAUCGCAGGCGGGAAAUGCACCAACUGCAUCGAGGAGGAGAGGUCCAAGUCGAAGGCUUGCAUCGUGGCUGGAAUUUUGUUCAUCAUCUCUGGGUUGCUCUGUCUCAUUCCUGUCUCCUGGUCUGCAAACACCAUUAUCACCAACUUCUACAACCCGCUACUCAUCAAUGCCCAGAGAUAUGAGUUAGGAGCAGCGCUGUAUAUCGGCUGGGCGGCUGCUGCACUGCUGCUGAUGGGAGGAGGGCUAGUUUGUUGGAACUGUCCUCCCAAAGAUGAACAUCCCCACUACAUACCCAAAUUCAUACCUGUGAAGUCAGCCUCCACAUCAAGAGAAUAUGUAUAA